AUGAAACCCCUACUCUCGCUCAUCCCGAUAGCGCUUAAUCUCAUCACGGUCCCAGUGCAGGCCCAACUCUCAGGCUCCAUCGGCCCCAAGACCAGCGCCGCCGACAGGGCCUCCAACAGAGUCUGCAAUGUUGUCGACUGCGGCGUCGAGAAGGGCUCCUCGGAGGACUUCGCGCCCGCACUCAAAGAAGCCUGGGAUGACUGCGCUGACAGCGGCGGCGGCCUCAUUUACAUCCCGCCAGGCAUCUAG